GGCAUCUGACAGAGAAAAAGGUCUCUGCUGGGCUGCUCUGGUCAUCAAAGAAAAAUCUGCUCUAAAUCCAAACUCACUUCAGAGGGAGAAUAGGCCAUGGUGAAGAUACCCCUAGACCUGGGGGAGAGGAGAGAACCCAGGCUGGUCAGCUGCCCAGGCUGAUCAGAGCUCUGAGGUCCUGGGCACAUCGCGGUGCUGUCUGGAGGCUGAGGAAGAAACCCCUAGAGAUGGGACAGCUCAGGCAGCCCAGAAACAUCAAUAAGUGAUCUCUGCAUCUCCGACAGCAAGUUGCAGAGGGAGGAAGGGGAUGUCUCUAUGGAUACAGGAAUAAACAGAAGAUAACAAGCCUUCAGCCUUUAAAGCACAUUUCAGUAUAGAGGACGCAGGCAGGCGCAGAGCAGAGAGAGUUUGUGCAGCCCAGCUGUAGGAGCUUUGCAGAGGUAAGCAAUUUGAAUAGCAAGCAAUUUGCGGCUUCACAGCAGAGUGCUGAAACAAACCACAUUAUUGCUCUAUUUCUACUUUUUUGGAUAGAAGAGAAAGAGUCCCUAAUGUUCUAAGAGUCAACUCAGGAUGGCUGAAAGCACUGACAUGGCCCUGCUGCAGGAGGCCUUCAGGAAAUUCGCCAUUCAUGGGGAUACCAAGGCCACAGGCAAGGAGAUGAAUGGCAAGAACUGGGCCAAGCUGUGCAAGGACUGCAAAAUCAUCGAUGGCAAACACGUCACCAGCACAGAUGUCGAUAUCGUCUUCACCAAAGUGAAGGCAAAGACAGCCCGGGUCAUCACCUAUGACGAGUUCCACAAAGCCCUGGAAGAGUUGGCCCCCAAGAAGUUCAAAGGUCAGAGCAACGAGGAGGCACUGAAGUCCGUCUAUAAACUGAUCGAGGGCAAGGAGCCAGCCAAUGUGGGGGUGACGAAAACGACAAAGACAGGCGCCGUGGACAGGCUGACAGACACUUCGAAGUACACGGGCUCCCACAAGGAGCGCUUCGACGAGAGUGGAAAGGGAAAGGGCAAGAGCGGCCGUGAGGACCUGGUGGAGAAAACGGGCUACGUGGGCGCGUACAAGAACGCAGGCACCUUCGACGAGAAGACCAAGGCCAAGUAGACCGAGCAGAGCCCAGUAACACCUCCUCGCAGGGGCAAAGCAUUACUCUCUGUGUUGUCAUGACAGCUCUCUUAUGGACGUUUACUGCAGUGAAUCUGGCAUGUCUCAGUUUUCCCCGUGGUGCAUUUGCUGUGCUCCAUCGUGAUUUCUCCCCGCAAGGUCACUCUUCACCAUCCCUGCUGCAAUUCACUUGACUCCCGCUUCUCUGAGCUGCAUCUCAGUAAACUCUGAUAAGAGGGCAGAGUAUUGUCUGGAUAUGUCUUAAGAGAUUUUUAUUGUACUGGGAUGCACACUGUUUUUUAACAAAAUAUUCUCAAUGCCUUCAUAAAGCUUUCUUACAUUUGUGUA